CUAUGUUAGAGUAUUCUAUUUUUUCACUUCAUAUGUAUGACAGAUUUGCAUCCUCAUAUGCCUUGAGUACCAUAUCCCAGAUGCAUUCUGUGGAGGUCAGAAGAGGGAGUCAGGUUUUCUGGGUCUGGAGUUACAGGGGUUGUGAGUCUCUCACACCAUCCCUAAGAUUGAUACAAUAACAUAUUCACAUAGCAUAACUCAGUUGUGUAAGAAAAUACAAUCUCUCUAUACCUGUCUAUAGUUCCACUUCCCCGAAAUCUGAUUCCUUUGCUAACCUGACAGCUCAUACUAAUAAAAUUAUAUAGAAAGACUUGUAUCACUAUUUUAAGUGGUGUAUACCACCUGUGAGUGUGCUGUAUAGGUGUGAUUAGAGUCGAGAGGUGUAGUAACCCCUGGAGCUGGAGUUAGGGUAGCUGUGGGCACCUGUGUUCUGAGAACCACCUACAGGUCCUCUGCCUGAGUAGCCAAAUUUGGGAACUCCAGACGCAGAUCGCCAUCCUGCACAGUAUAGGUUUUCGGGGAUCUGUUCUCUUUACACCUUCUCUUGAAGCUGAUAUUCUAGAUGCCUCUACUCAAAGAGAAUGCUGAGAUCAGGAGAGAGGAUGGUGAGCUUUUCCAAUUUAGUGGCUUUUAGUGUCUAGGAUUCUCUCAGUUUGCAGUUGGUCCCUGACAACCGCCUCUAUGUCACAUUUUGCAUCUGCUCCUUUGCAGUAGGUCCUUGUCCUUCCCUUCCCAAUAUGUAAAGUACAUGUCUAGAUUGUCUGAUGUUUUUCUGAGCUUUUUUUCUCAUCUCUUUAAUGUAGGAAUUUGAGCGUAUCAACAUGUUCUGGGGCCUGUUUUUAAAUGUCUGUUUUAUUUCUCAUUGCAAGUUUGCUUCUAGCCAUAUAAAGGAGGGCCUGAUCAUGGAGCAGGACCCAGAGAGCCGAGACUCUAUCGAGAACUUUACCACUGACUAUAAGAUCAUAAGAACCCUGGGAAGGGGACGAUUUUCAGUGGUAAAAAUGGCCUAUCACGUCCCAACCCUCACCUGUGUAGCUAUAAAAGUUCUCAAGAACACCGAGAAGUGCUCCUCAGUGAUGAGCAGGGAAGUUGACAUUCUAAAGUCCCUGGGCCAUCCUCAUAUCAUCAAGGUGGUCGAAGUGGUCCAGACAAGAGAGGCCACCCACCUGGUCAUGGAGCAUGCCUCUCAGGGAGACCUACUGGACCGAAUCCGGGAAUGUGGAUAUUUAAAAUCGUGGGAGGCCCGAAGAAUGUUUAGACAGAUAUUAGAGGCAGUACAAUUCUGCCAUGACAAUAAUAUUGUCCACCGAGACAUAAAGGCCAACAACAUUUUGAUAGACGGAAGGUCGAAUGCCAAGCUCUGUGAUUUUGGCCUAGCUGCUAAAACACUUCCUGGGCAGAAGCUGAUUGAUUUCUGUGGCACGCUGCCAUACUGUGCGCCAGAAUUCUUUGAAGCUGAGGAAUAUGAGGGCCGCCCAUUUGACGUAUGGAGUGUAGGUGUCCUCCUCUUCUUCAUGGUGACUGGGCACUUGCCUUUCCUAGGCAAGUCAUUUGCAGAGGUGAGGAGACAAAUCAGUUCAGCCAAUUUCAGCAUUCCGCCUCACGUUGCCAACGAUAUUUUCAAUGUUAUAGUGGAAAUGCUGAUGAUAAAUCCCAGCAGGAGGCCCAGCAUCCAGCAAAUUAUGAUGCGCCCCAUGAUCAAAGACAGCCAGGCCUACUCACCACUGACAUCCAUACAGACGUUCACAGGAACACCAAGCCCUAGCACCAUCAAAGCCAUGAGAGUCAUGAGGCAUACACCUGAGAAAAGCACUGAGUCUCUGAUAGACCCAAAUAUCAACGAGGUGCUGGCAACAUACUUGAUUCAACAGCACAAGCCACUCAGGAAAGUCUGCACACACCACCAAGUGGAGCCAGGUCUAGAAGAUCUUCACUCCUUCCCUCGUUUUCUUAAGAGAAAGGGACCUCUUCUCUCCUCCUUCACCUUGUCCUCACAUUCAUCCAAUAUUCGGGAGAAGGAGGAUAGGAAGAAUUCCAGGAAGGUUGUCAGAAGGCAUGCUGUAGGCUACCAGCAAACAAGGACCAACACCGUCCAGCUCGAUCUCCUGGACUGUCCUAUAGCUGAAGAAUUCAGGGAUAACAGGCUGCAAAUCAGGAAGACAUUCUCAGACUCCAAGACUGUGUUGUCUUGUAGUCUAACUGAACAUAUCCAGUCACCUCGACUUCAAUACACCUAUUCCACUACAGCAGACCGGAAUGUGUCCUCCUUCAUACCGCCACAUGAUUUCUGUGCAUCACUGCAGACACCUAAGGGGAUAAGCCUUGCAGGCUGCUCUGGAGAUACCUGGCAGAGAGAGACACUCGUGGACAAAAACACCUUCAUCAAGGAAGAGGCCAUGGUUCAUGAAGAUACCGUCACUAGUGGCCAGCCACAAGUUCCUUGCCCAGCUUCCCGUCGGGGAUGGCGUCAGCACUGGAAGGGGUUUAAAAAGACAAUUAGUAGAAGCCUUCGAAACCUGUGCUGCUGUCUGCCACCACCAUCAGAAAAUCAAGUCUCCUGCAAUAACUUGGCUCUCAGGAAGAGAGGAGAACAUUGUGUCACCCACAGAACCAGUCCUGAAGAACAGCAGCCUCAGCUCCCUGGCUUUUAAGCCAGUGGUGGGGGUUGGCCUGGCUGAAAAUUAUACAGUCUCAGAGGAGCCAGGCCAGACGUCCAGGUGCCUGUGUGCUUGCAGGCCCCUUCUCCAGAGGAAGAGCUGUCCACACCACAGCAAGGUCUCUCCAGUCCAGGCAGCCAAGGACUUUUGAUCCUGCUGGACAACGGACUGGACACAAUGAGUGGCCUGAUGAGUGGACCGUUGGACCAUUUGGGACUCACCUGGACUAAAAUCCAUGUAUAACAAAAGGGUCUCCAACAUCCUGCUCCUUCCACUAGGAGGGCAGGUGAAAGGAAGAUGCUCCGAGAUAUAGAUUUCUUGGGGCUUAUUUUUUUUCUGUGUGUUUUCUUUUGAAGAUUGUAAGGUUUGCUUUUUAUUCCUUUUAUUUGUAUAUAAUUUUGUUCAUACAUAUGUAUUUAUCUAAUAUUUUAAUGUUUUAAUUGAAACAGUGACAUCACCUUCCUCUUUUGUACCUCCUCUCCAAACUCUCCCAGCUAUCCUAUAUCAAACUUUUCUCAUGCCUUCACUCUUAAGUUGAUGGACUUCUUUACGUGAUUAAAUUUGUUAUAUAUUUUUACUUAUCUUGUGUAUCCAGAAAUAAAUAUAAAUAUACCUGCAGAGCC